UAAUGGGUUGGCCAUUAGUUGGUCAUCUUAAUCAUUUGGCUGUCUCCUUGUACCAAAAGAAAGGGGAAGGGCCAAUGAGAAAUCAAUAUCCUGAGACUGACAAUGGGGAGGGGCCAAUGCUCUAGGUCAGCCUGAUUGACAGGGCAGGCAGGACAAUCAGGGAGUCAGUAACCCCAAGCUUCCCCUUCUCUGUGUCAGCUGGAGCUGGCUGGGCCAGAGCAGGGUGGGAGCUGCUAAGGAGAGAGGAGAGUUGGGCUGGGAAAAGAGUAUCCUCAGCCAGAGCCAGAGAGGCGCAGCCCAGAGAGCUGGGCUGGAGGCAGAGCAGCAGCAGUGCUGAGGCAGAGGGAAACUGGAGCAGUCUGGAGCCGGGAGCAGUGAAUGAAGGGGACCCUGGGCAAAGAGCUCAGGGCAAGGAGACGCCCUCAGCCAAGAGGCCUUGCAGGCCAGACUGGGUGGGGGAUCAUAACCCUGACAGGAAGAAGCUGAUGCUAGGAAGAAGGGUCCUGACACCUAGCGCCUGAGGGUAUGUGGCCACCACCAGAGUAAGGCCUGGUCUACACUACGAUUUUAGGUCAAAUUUAGCAGCGUUACCUUGAUUUAAGCCUGGACCCGUCCACACGACGAAGCCCUUUUUUUCAACUUAAAGGGCUCUUUAAAUCGAUUUCUUUAAUCCACCUCCGACGAGGGGAUCAGCACUGAAACCGGCCUUUCUGGGUCGGAUUUGGGGUAGUGGGGAUGCAAUUCGACGGUAUUGGCCUCCAGGAGCUAUCCCAGAGUGCUCCAUUGUGACCGCUGUGGACAGCGCUCUCAACUCAGAUGCACUGGCCAGGUAGACAGGAAAAGGCCUGCAAAAUUUUGAAUUUCCUGUUUGCCCAAUGUAGUGGAGAGCCCAGGUGAACAUGCAGAGCUCAUCAGUACAGGUAACCAUGAUGGAGUCCCAGGAUUGCAAAAGAGCUCCAGCCUGGACCAAACAGGAGGUAUGGGAUCUGCUCACCAUAUGGGGAGAUGAAUCAGUGCUAGCUGAAUUCCGUAGCGGUAAACGAAAUACCAAAACAUUAGAAAAAGUCUCAAAGGGCAUGAAGGACAGAGGCCAUAAAAGGGACGCACAGCAGUGCUGCUUGAAAAUUAAGGAGCUAAGGCAAGCCUACCACAAAGCCAGAGAGGCAAACGGAAGGUCCGGGGCAGAGCCGCAAACAUGCCGCUUCUACGCGGAGCUGCACGCCAUGCUAGGGGGUGCAGCCACCGCUACCCGAAACCUGUGCUUUGACUCCGUCAAUGGAGAAUCACGAAACAUAGAUGCGAGUUUUGGGGAUGAGGAAGAUGAUGAUGAAGACAUUGAAGAUAGCUCACAGCAAGGAAGCGGAGAAACCGGUUUCCCCAACAGCCAGGAUAUGUUUUUCACCCUGGACCUGGAACCAGUAACCCCCGAACCCACCCAAGGUGUGCUCCCAGAACCUGAGGGCACACAAGGCACCUCUGCUGCAAAUGUUUCUCCUUCGCAGAGGCUAGUGAAGAUUAGAAGGCAAAAAAGGUGCACUCGGGAUGACAUGUUCUCGGAGCUCCAGAUAUCCUCUCACACUGACAAAGCACAGCAGAAUGCGUGGAGGCAGACAAUGUCAGAGUGCAGGAAAGCACAAUAUGAAUGCGAGGAGAGGUGGCGGGCUGAAUCGCGGGAUGAAGAGAGCAAGUGGCAGGCUGAAGAGGAUAGGUGGCAUCAGCUUGCUGAUAGAAGGUAAGAGUCGAUGCUCCGGCUGCUGGAGCAUCAAACUGAUAUGCUCCAGCGUAUGGUUGAGCUGCAGGAAAGGCAGCAGGAGCACAGACCGCCACUACAGCCCCUGUGUAACCAACAGCCCUCCUCCCCAAGUUCCAUUGCCUCCUCACCCAGACGCCCAAGAAUGCGGUGGGGGGGCCUCCGGCCAGCCAGCCACUCCACCCCAGAGGAUUGCCCAAGCAACAGAAGGCUGGCCUUCAGUAAGUUGCAAAGUUUUAAAGUGCAGUGUGUCCUUGUCCUUAUCUCCUCCCCCACCCCACUCGGCGCUUCCCUCCUCGUCCGCCCCUCCUGGGCUACCUUGGCAGUUAUCCCCCUA